CAGGUAGCUGGGGUGUCAAUUUCGAGAUGGGUGGUUUGUUCACGCUUCGGGAUGAGAGCAACCAGACUCAUUUCUUCAGCACUUUCGGUACCCAGGGAGGUCGUGAGCCUGGAAAUGGUAACUACGCUUUGUUUGCUACUGGAUCCAUGUCGAAGAGCAGCAAUGGUAGUGCUAUUAUGGAUACUAGCGCCGUUGGUAUCGUCGACAAUGGUAACUCCUACGCCCAGAACAGCUUCUGGGACACCAAGGAGAACAGACGAGUCAUGAUGGCAUGGACGCCGGAAGACUUGAACAACUACGGAAUCCUCGCUCAGGGCUGGCAAGGUGCGCUCGUUCUCCCCCGUGAGCUAUUCGUGAAGACUAUCACUGGUGUCACCAACCUUGCCUCUGAAGUCGAGGAGAGGGCUGCUUGGACUUACGAGAAGGAGUCCAACGGAUCCUACACUGUCGAGACCCUUGGUCAGAGGCCCAUCUCCGGGCUCGAGUCGUUGCGCAACACCUCGGUCUGCUCCACGAUCCCUGCUCAGGCUGUCUGUGCCGUUGCCGAUUUCGUUGACGAUGGCUUCGGAUACAAGUCCCUUUACAGCGCCGUCACCAAGAACUACGAGAUGCAGCUUAGCAUUGACUUCUCCAAGGACCCCUCCGCCGCUGCCGGCGUCGUCCUCCGCAAAUCCCAGUCCGGUUUCUGUGAGUACACGUCCAUCUGGUACGAUGCCGCCGAAGAAUACCUCUACGUUGACCGCGACCAGUCCUCCAUUUACAGUCCCUACAUCACCAACACCACCAUCCAGACCAAGUUCCGUCUCUGGGAGAUCAACGGUGAACGCGAGAAGUUGGACCUUCGUAUCUUCGUGGAUAACAGUAUCCUUGAGAUUUUUGCGAAUGAUGUGUUGGCGUUGACUACGAGGAUUUAUCCUUACCUCCAGGACAGUAAUGAGAUCGGAUUGAUGGUGAAGAAUGGAUCGGCGCAGUACAGCGAUGUUACCGUCUGGGACGGUUUGGACAAUGCUUGGCCUGAGAGGCCGUAUGACACCAGUGUUCCUCUUGUCUGGGAUGGUCCUGAGAUUACUGACAACGGACGCUUGUGGGUCGGCAACUGAGGCUCAGGCGAAAAGGGCGCGAGAAGUGAGGAAACGAAGGGUGUGCCCCAAGGACUUUGGGCAGCUUCUAUCGGUGUGAUGAGUAUUCCUUAGUACUGUACGAUUACUGUGAGAACUUGUAAUGAAUCAAAAGCAUCGCGUAUUACCCAA